GUCUAUUUGAAAACUAUUCGCAUUUUAUCAAAAGUACUUAAAAUUAAAUUAUAAUUUUAUUGCAAAAAGAUUAGGAAAUAUUUACAAUUAAUCAUGAGUAUGAGACCUGACGAUCAUCGACGAAAGUGGGAUCGAGCUGAAUAUCAAAGACUAGCUCAGGACCGAAUUAAAACUAUACAAAAAGAAGACGAAAGCGGUGAGCCUGUACAACGAGAAAAUUUAAAAAUUCGAGACUAUAAAGUUGAUUUGGAUAGUAAACUGGGAAAGAGUGUUGUUAUUAGUAAAAAUACGCCGACAUCUCAAAGUGGAGGUUAUUAUUGUAAUGUUUGCGAUUGUGUUGUUAAAGAUUCUAUCAACUUUCUUGAUCAUAUCAAUGGAAAGAAACAUCAAAGAAAUUUGGGAAUGUCAAUGAAAGUGGAACGUAGUACUGUAGAUCAAGUUAAAGAAAGAUUUAAGAUAAAUAAAAAAAAGAUGGAAGAGAAAAAGAAAGAAUAUGACUUAGAUAAAAGGCUACGCGAAGCUAAAGAAGAAGAAGAACGUUACAAAGAACAUAAAAAGGAAAAAAGAAAAGAACGUAAGCGUAAAGCUGAUGAUAAUAUUGAUGGUGACGAUACUGGAAUGCCAAGUGAUAUAGCCGCUAUUAUGGGAUUUUCGGGUUUUGGAGGUUCUAGGAAAAACACAUAAAUUUUUUUUUUAUGUUUUAAAAGGAGACGAAAAAAGAAGGACUUUUUUUUUUGGUUUCUUUAUAAAAAAAUUACCUUCUAAGAAAAAAUAUCAAUAGUUGAUUCAUUGGGAGCAAAAUAUUUUGAAAAUAACUUACAUAUAUUGAUAUCAGUCAUAAUUCUAUAUAUAUUAUAAUUCUAAUUAUUUUAUUUUUUAAAAAUAAAGUGUUAUAAAUUUAAUUUUAAUUUAUAAACACUUGUAUAAAGUUAGUUUUUGAACAAAAUGAAAUAAAAAGGAAAUCGAUGCACCUGAAGCGAUUGAAUAUCAAUAUU